AUCAUAAAACGCUUCGCACAUUUGUAGCACCAGUGGCUACGUUCAUAACGUGUCAGUAUCCUGCUCCUAUUCGGUUCGACUCGAUUACAAUUAAUUCUUUUCUUGAAGUAAAAACUCUGCAGGAACGAAAUUAAAAUACAAAAAUGGGGUUCAGUUCCACGAUGUAUCAUCUCGUGUUUAAACGCACGUCUACAUUCACACUCGCAGUUCUGACGUCCACUUUCUUCUUCGAAAGAGCGUUUGACAUGGCUUCCGAAAAAAUUUUUGACACUAUAAAUAAAGGGAAACAAUGGAAGGACAUCAAGCACAAAUACGAGAAUUGAAUAGAAUAUUUUGCACGUAAAAUGUGCGUUAGAUCUAUAUUUAAUGGAGAUAUAUUUUAUCUCUGAAUAUGUAAAUAAAUAACGAAUUACAUGAUUGCGCUGGUCUCUGCAAUAUGUUUUUAUUUUGAAUUAUUGCAAUAUAUAUCAUGAAAUA